GUUAUUUGCAUUUCUGAAAGGCAACACCCAAGAAAAUAUAUACCGGCAAGUGCGCAGCGACCGCAUGAGCUAUCUGUCGGGUUGGAUAGGGCUGAGGAUGGAGGACGCCGCGUCCAGCAGCGACGGUUUCAGCAGCCUGCAGAGCAGCGCAAACGGUGCGGACGCGGCAGAGACCCCCGGCGCUGCGCCGGACCUCUCCAGCCCCGACAGUGCGCCGCCCCAGGACCGCGACCGGGGCGCAGGUUACAAUAACUAUGGCGAGGGCUUGGAGAGGCAUAAUGGUGUUCCGAAGCUGUUGGACCUGCUGGACGAGCCGGUCCCAGGGGUGGGCACCUACGAGGACUUCAACACCAUUGAUUGGGUGAGGGAGAAGUCCAAGGACCGGGACCGGCACAGAGAGAUCACCAGUAAAAGCAGGGAGUCGUUGUGGGCACUGCUCAAGAGUGUGACCGACGCCUUCUCCGGCUGGCUGCUCAUGCUGCUCAUCGGACUGAUGUCAGGCGCCCUGGCGGGUGGGAUCGACAUCUCGGCCCACUGGGCGACGGACCUGAAGGAGGGGCUGUGCCUGAACGGGUUCUGGUUUAACCACGAGCACUGCUGCUGGAGCUCCAACGAGACCACCUUCCAGGCCCGUGACCGCUGCCCGCAGUGGAAGAGCUGGGCCGAGCUCAUCAUCGGGACCGGAGAGGGGGCCUUUGCGUACAUCGUGAGCUACUUAAUGUACGUGUGUUGGGCUCUGCUCUUCUCCUUCCUGGCCGUGUCGCUGGUCAGGGCCUUCGCUCCCUACGCCUGUGGCUCGGGCAUCCCUGAGAUCAAAAGCAUUCUGAGCGGCUUCAUCAUCCGCGGGUACCUGGGGAAGUGGACCCUGCUGAUUAAGACGGUCACGCUGGUGCUGGCGGUGGCGUCCGGCCUCAGCCUGGGGAAGGAGGGGCCGCUGGUGCACGUGGCCUGCUGCUGCGGCAACAUCUUCUGCCACCUGUUCAGCAAGUACCGCAGGAACGAGGCCAAGCGCAGGGAGGUUCUCUCGGCCGCUGCAGCGGUGGGCGUGUCCGUAGCGUUCGGUGCUCCUAUCGGGGGUGUGCUGUUCAGCCUGGAGGAGGUGAGCUACUACUUCCCGCUGAAGACGCUGUGGCGGUCCUUCUUCGCCGCCCUGGUGGCCGCCUUCACCCUGCGCUCCAUCAACCCGUUCGGGAACAGCCGGCUGGUGCUGUUCUACGUGGAGUUCCACGCCCCCUGGCACCUGCUGGAGCUGCUGCCCUUCACGCUGCUGGGCGUUUUCGGGGGCCUCUGGGGGGCCUUCUUCAUCCGUGCCAACAUCGCCUGGUGCCGGCGCCGGAAGACCACGCGCCUGGGCCGCUACCCGGUGCUGGAGGUGUUGGCGGUGACGGCGGUUACGGUGGUACUGGCGUUCCCCAAUGACUACACCCGCAUGAGCAGCAGCGCGCUCAUCUCCGAGCUCUUCAACGACUGCGGCCUGCUCGAUUCAUCCAAGCUGUGCAGCUACGCCAACGGCAGCGCGGGCGAGGGCGGGAACGCGCUGGCCGACCGGCCCGCGGGGAAGGGCCUCUCCAUCGCUUUGCUGCAGCUCUCCUUCGCACUCGUCUUCAAGAUGCUGCUCACCGUCGUCACCUUCGGCAUGAAGGUUCCCUCAGGUCUCUUCAUCCCCAGCAUGGCGGUGGGGGCGAUAGCAGGCAGGCUGCUGGGGGUGGCCAUGGAGCAGCUGGCGUAUUAUCACCACGACUGGGGGGUGUUCAGCAGCUGGUGCAGCGCUGGAGCAGACUGCAUCACGCCCGGGCUGUACGCCAUGGUGGGCGCAGCCGCCUGCCUGGGCGGAGUGACGCGCAUGACGGUGUCGCUGGUGGUCAUCAUGUUCGAGCUGACGGGCGGGCUGGAGUACAUCGUGCCGCUGAUGGCGGCGGCCAUGACCAGCAAGUGGGUGGCGGACGCGCUGGGCCGCGAGGGCAUCUACGAGGCGCACAUUCGGCUGAACGGCUACCCCUUCCUGGAGCCGAAGGACGAGCUGAGCGAGGAGACGGCGGCGCGGGCGGUGAUGCGGCCGCGGCGGGGGGAGGGGCCACUGGCCGUGCUGACCCAGGCCGGCAUGACCGUGCGGGACGCCGAGGCGCUGGUCAGCAGCACCUCCUACAGCGGCUUCCCCGUGGUGGUGGGGCCCGACUCCCAGCGGCUCGUCGGAUUCGUGCUGCGCAGGGACCUGCUCAUCUCCAUCGAGAACGCGCGGCAGCGGCAGGAGGGCGUCACCGGCUCCUCCCCCAUCUUCUUCACGGAGUACACGCCCCCUCAGCCGCCCAGCAGCCCCGCCCCCCUGAAGCUGCGUGGCAUCAUGGACCUCAGUCCGCUGACGCUCAGUGACCACACCGCCAUGGACAUCGUGGUGGACGUCUUCCGCAAGCUGGGUCUGCGGCAGUGCCUGGUCACACACAACGGCCGAUUGCUCGGAAUAAUCACUAAAAAGGACAUCCUGAAGCACAUGGCUGAGAUGGCCAAUCGAGACCCGGACUCCAUCCUCUUCGACUGAGACCCCACUCAGAAAAAGGGUGCUGUGGAGCCCCAGGGGAGCGCGCAACACUCAUUCUCGGGGGGGUGAAUGUCCUGGAUUCCUCCCUCUGCUGGAUGCUGGUGUUUGGAGCCAUGUGACUCAGCUGGACUGAGCAGAUUUGGCAAGAGAUUGUUUACACUGUGGCAGGAUUUCUUUCUGUGACCUGAACUAGGGGGUGUGUGAGGAGCAUGUGAAGCCCUCUCAGAGCCGGGGUUUAGUGAGUUUAGUGUGUCCAGCCGAGUCCAGACUGAUUGCAUGAGCUGCUCCGUUU